GAAGGAGCGAGGCCAUACCUUGGGGAAGGCACUACUAGUUUUGCACGAUUGCUGUCUCCAAAUAUUGACACUCAUGCCAACUCCCAACCUUCAAAGGAACCACCACACUUCUUCGCUGUCGCCCACACAGAUACGCUAGAACCCGACCUAGGAAGAACGAUGAAACUAAUCUUAGCUGGCGCGACCAGUCUCUUGGGCACUGAGAUUGUGAGACAAAGCUUACAAAUUCGUGAGAUCACUCAGGUCAUUGCUUUAGCCCACAAACCCGUACAGCUUGACGAAAGUUUUGACUCAUCGAAGCUGAGGAGCGUGGUCGUUCAAGACUAUGGUAAAUAUCCAGAUAAUGUGAGGGCGGAGUUUGCUGGGGCCAAUGCUUGUAUCUGGUGUGUUUCUGCCACGCCCCUUCGCACCGGGGGUCUUGACUUUGCUGAGGUUAAGCGUGUGUGCCAGGACUGCACCAAGCUCGGAUUUGAGGCCAUGUAUAAGGCAGGAUUGGCGCGUCCCUUCCGCUUCAUGUACUUGAGUGCGGAGGGGAUAUCACGAGAUCCGACAAAGAAGCCAGUAAUCAUGGCGGAUUACCAUAUUAUGCGGUGCAAUACAGAGCUCAUGGUCCUUAGAUUCCCUACCGAAAAAGACAGAGUCAAAAUUUGCAUCGCUCAGCCUGGCGUGAUUGUUAACUCCACUACAUGGUCACGAGCUUUAGUGGCGAACCUUCUUCGUAUCGCCAGUCUUUUUGGACGGCCCCUUUCGAAUAUACAACGGAGUGAGCUUGCAGCGGCGAUGUUAAAUCAGGUUAUGGAUGGCUUCGAAAAGGAAACGCUCUCGAAUGCCGAUCUCGUUCGACUUGGACGAAGAGAGCUGAAAUUUCGGAGUAUAUCUCAGGCUUCAUAA